AUGUCUAAAUAUUCGGCUUCAUCAAAUAUCUCACGCAAUCACAAUGCAAGCAUUGUAAACUCUCCUUCACCAACGAAUGAAAUAACCGAACCCGUCUCCGAUUCGGAGGAUCCCCCGACUUCGCCCCUGUCUCAGAACAUUCCUUCACCUACUUUCCCGGUUUCGGCGAGAAACUCGAAACAAAAUUUUUUUUCUCUAUUCAAGAAAAAGGACGGUAACACUAUAAAUAGUGGCCCUGCAAACCGUUACUCUGCACCACCCCAACAACGAGUGGUUCUCGAUCAUAAUAACAAUAUGAACACGGCAGAGGAAGCGACACACAAUAUCCACCACCACUUCGAGGCUCUCCAUCAUGUACCACAGUCAAUAAUUGGUAAUGCUAGUAGGGAACAAGAAAACGGAUCCGCAUAUACCAUUUCCGGGGGUAAACCUUCGACAAACUCUCCUAAAAAAAACAGUAUAAGAAAAGGCAGCAUAGUUUCUCAGAAAGAAGAUCUGGGAUUUAAGGUGCAAGAUAUUCAGAAUACAAUGAAGAAUACCAUGAGAAAAACCUCCACGUUUUUUAAAAAAUUCGGUAACAAGCAAAACUCCGAAAACAACUUUACAAAUGACGGUCGUUUGCCAAUUCCCGAUUUUCAUGAUGAUGAUUCGAAUUUGCGGAACCCGACAUCCAACGACCUGCAACAUCUUUCAUCCAAUACAUUGAAUUCGGAUGUUCUUUCAGAUGAAUUUUCGCUAUCCGAACAAUUGGUUUCGGCAUCUUCAGACGUUUCUCUUUCAGACAAAAAUUUUACUGUAGACGAACAAGAUGUUCUUCAGCGUACACUCCAGGAUUACGCUUCUGUCUAUGCAAACUUAAACGAGAGUGAGUGUGAUUAUGGAAAUUCCGAAUUUCAUAAGGACUCGGUGCAAAGCACCAGCAAGGCUGUUACAGAUGACAUAGGGGCAUCUCACAACAGGAGUUCACAGUCCAGAGGUGUGAAGAGCGAGCAGUCAUUAUUGAUUAAUAGUCAUGAAGGGAAUGGCUACAAUAAAAGGACCGGUGAUAAAAAUUUCAUGAGUUUGCCUGUGAUAAGAAGUGAAAAAAGAAGUGUCGAAUCUAAAAUGGCCUGGGGAGAACUAUCGACAGCUAGUUUACCGCGUGUUAAAGAAGAAGAUGAUAAUGAGAACAACCAAGCAUCCAUCAAGUCCACGACAAAUAAAAAUGGUAUAAAAAGUCCUUCAC